GUGUGUGUGUGUGUUGAUGUGUGUGAGUGGGUGGGAGAGAGAGAGAGCGUGAGAGAAGAUCUCCAUCACAGGACAUACCUGUAUGGAGGAUACUACCUUGGAUUCAGAAAUGGCUGAGGCGGAACUCCACAAAGAACGGCUCCAAGCCCUGGCGGAGAAACGGAAACGACAAUCAGAGAUCGAGGACAAACGCCAGCAACUGGAUGACUUCGUGCUGCAGCUUCAACAUCUUAGGUCCAAGGCCAUGAGGGAGAGAUGGCUACUGCAGGGAACCCCACAGGACGAGGAGGACAGCCAGAGGAGGCAGGUCGAACAGGACGAGCGCCACGCCAAGCAGCUGGAGGAAGCUGUUCACAGACUGGAGUCGGAGAUCAGCUUGCUGGAGAGUGAGGAAUCCCAAAUCUCUGCCAAGGAACAAGUCCUGCGAGAGCGGCUGCGGGAGACGGAGAGAUCGAUCGAAGAUCUACAGAAAAGUCUCCAAUACCAAGAUGGAGAUGCGGUGAAUUACGUGCGUUCCCAGAUUCCCAGCCUCCCUGAGCUGAACUCCAAAGCGUCGGCCACAGCUCCGGGGAACGAGCAGCUCACAAGGAAACCUGCGUUGUACGCCAUGGAGAUCAGCGUGGAGAAAGACAAGAAGACGGGCGGCACCAGGAUCCUCUCGGCCUCGCCGGUCAGCCCCGAGGACGCGCAGCCCCAGCGCGGGGUCAAGGUCUUCGACGACGGCCACAAGGUGAUCUACGAGGUGCGCUCGGGCGCCUCCACCACCCUGGAGAACGGCGUGCACGCCUGGAACGCCUCCGACGUGGACGAGCUCAUGCAGCGCGUCGGCCAGACCCAUCACCGCGGCGACGCCGGCAGCGUCAUGGUCACGCCCGCCGAGCCCGAGGUCCCGCCGCCAGGGCUGAGCGAACUGACCACGCGCCAGGAGGUCAAGCCGGACGCGGGCGAGACGGGCGAGACGGGCGAGACGGGCACCGGCGCGAGCCAGCCGCAGCUCCAGCACGAGGUCACGGAGAUGCCCGAGGCCACCUCGGAGAAGCCGGUCACCAUGAUCUUCAUGGGCUACCACAGCGUGGUGGACGAGGACGAGACCAAGAAGCUGCUGGGCUUCGACGGCACCAUCAAGGCCGAGAUCGUCCUCAUCGACGAGGACGACGAGAAGUCGCUGCGCGAGAAGACGGUCACCGACGUCUCCACCGUGGACGGCAACGCGGCCGACCUGGUGUCCGGCCGCCCGCUCUCCGACAGCACUGAACUCUCCUCGGAGGGCAAGGAGGAGAGCGCGGCCACCAAGGACCUCCCCGCCACAGCAGGGUCAGUGCUGCGUGCUGGGAUGCCAUCUGCAGGGAACGGGACACUGCAUGGGCUGAAAUCCUCCAAACCCCCAGAGGAUGACAGUGAGCUGAAGAGAGAGAGGAACCUAAAGAGUGUCAGUUUCUUAGACUCUGUAAGCGUGAUAUCUGGAGGCAAGGACAACAUGGAGCUGGAGACCCAGAACGAGAGCCAAAACUGCCACAGCGGCGCAGGCCAGAAUGGCACGGCUCACCAGGGCCAAAGCAUGGACACGGAGGUCGCUCAGGAGAUCCGUUACCUUGACGAAGUCCUCGAGGCAAACUGUUGUGACCCUGCGGUUGACAUGACCUCGAACGGAACCUCUUCCCCCGAGCCGCGAACGAUCAAUAUUGACGGCAGCGGGCCCUCGGUUGAAGUAUCUGAUGGGUCCCCACCAACUAAUCAUGGGGUUGUAGUGGAGAGAAGAAUGCAGACGACUUUUGUGAGUGAAGACAGGGACAGCACCAAACCAAAUGGGCACUCAGCUACAGUCACUCAGGAUGACAAGAUGCUCGGGAAGCAGCCGCUGACGACCAUCAAAAAAGAAGCACGCUUCGAGCUGCGCAGUUUCCAGGAGGAGAAGAAGCCGUCAAAGCUCUUCGACGCCCCGGCGGAGAAGGAGAUCCGCGUGAAGAAGGUCCGGCCGUCCGAGGAGGUCGCAGAGCUCGAGAAGGAGCGCCUGGAGCUGAUCCGCGGCCAGGCGGUCAAGAAGAAUCCGGGGAUCGCCGCCAAGUGGUGGAACCCUCCUCAGGAGAGGACCCUGGAGGAGGAACUGGACCCGGAAAAGCUGGAGUCACACAGGAAGUACGAGGAGAGGAAGCAGAGGAAGAUGGAGUCCGGCCGCGGCACACAGUCAUCCCCAAACCCGACUGCCCCGAGCCCAACGUCCUCCUACACCCCUCCGCCAGAGCCCGUGAACAAAGAGGACAUCGUGACAGCGCAGGUGGACUUCUCGGCGGCCCGGAAGCAGUUUCUGCAGAUGGAGCACACGAAGCAGCCGGCCGCAGGCCCGAAGCGAGGAGUCGCUCCGCAGUUGUACUCCGCCAAACCGUUCUCCCGAGUGUCGGAGGUCACGCACGUGGAAAGGCCCGGAGGUUACGUCACCAUCACCAGCCAGGGGUUGCACGGGGGUUGCCUGGACGACCGCUGCGACGUGACGACGGUAAAAACCGAGAGGGUUUUCUGCAGCCCGGGAGAUUCGCCCUCGCAAAGCCUGGCGGAAAACGAGAGAAAGGACAGUGUGAAGGUUUGGAAUGAGGAAAGCGACUUCACCUGUGCCCACGCCGUCAUGACUUUGGUGAAGGAUGAGGAGCCCGACAUGUUCCAAGUGCAGCGAUCUUCGAACAGCUCCUACCACCCGGAGGAGAUCGACUCGGGGCUGGACGACCUGUCCGUGCGUUCACAGGACACGACCGUUCUGGAGACUCUGUCCAACGACUUCAGCAUGGACAACGUGAGCGACAGUGGAGCAUCUAACGAGACCAUGAGUGCCUACCUGGAGAACUCCCUGGGAGACUACUCCUUCCCCUCCACCCCGAUGGCCACCACGCCCAUCAAUGGGAAGUCGGAGAAGGCCGCCAAAUCGCCAGACAGCCACAACAGCGGCUCUCUCUCUUACCAGGCGGACAGCCUGACCGAAGAGGAGCUGGAGUACCACGCCGGAGUCCUGGUGCAGUCGGCCAUCCAACAGGCUAUCGCCCAGCAGAGCGACGAAUGGGAGCCGAGACGGGCCACCCAGCAGUCGUCCCCGAUCCCAGAGCGACGCGUCGAGGUGGUGGAUCCAGCUCCGCCACCGCGGGAAGCUCCAGUCUCUCCUGUGCCUGCGCCCUCCGCUUCUCCCAGAGUGCCAACCCCCGUGCAGGAGAAGAGGACGGCAGCCCCCUCUCCUACCAUCACCGUCCAGUCUCCAGUUGCACCUAGUGCCCCCAGAGUCUCCAGCAUGCCUAGCAGCCCUACUCCUGCUCCUACUCCUGCUGCUGCUCCUGCUCAUGCUCCUGCUCCUGCUCCUGCUCAUGCUCCUGGUCCAACACACGUGGGCCCAUACAGACCGCCCAGUCCCUCUCCACCUCCCAGCCAGAAGCAGGAGUUCAGCUACUUCAACAAGUACUCCGAGGCUCCUUCUGCUGGUCCGGCACACGUGGGGCCGUACAAGCCGCCGAGUCCCUCCCCGCCUCCCAGCGAGAAGCAGGAGUUCAGCUACUUCAGCAAGUACUCCGAGGCCGCCGAGUUGAGGAGCACGGCGUCCGUGAUGAAGAACCAGGACGCGGAGGUGACCGCGGGCCCCUUCAAGCUGCGUUCCCGCAAGCAGCGGACCCUGUCCAUGAUCGAGGAGGAGAUCCGAGCUGCCCAGGAGAGGGAGGAGGAGCUGAAGAGGCAACGCCAGACGCAGUGCGUCCGACCCCAACCUGCACCAAGCCACAAGCAGAAGACCAACAGCCUCCCCGCCAAAUUAGUUCUCCCAGGAAAGACAGCACCAGGGAAGAUUGAGAAGAUUCGCCCGGCCCCUCCUGUUUCUCCCUGUUCCUCCGAGGGGCCUCUCCCCCCGUCGCCCCUCUCCGAUCUGGGCAGCGAUGACUCUGGGGGCAGCGGGCGCCCCAAGAACCUCAUGCAGACCCUGAUGGAGGACUUUGAGAGCCACAAGGUUAAACGCAGAGAGAAAGUGGAGGACAACAGCGUGCUGGAGGCUACUCGGGUGACCCGCCGAAAAAGCAACAUGGCGCUGAAAUGGGAGGCCGGGAUGUACGCCAACUUGGAAGAUGGCGAGGAGGAAGAGGAGGAGUAAACACAGCGUCCCCCCCCCCCCCCCCCACACACACACACACACACACACAGAUGCACACACACACACCCCACACACACACACCCAAAUCACCCACACCCAUGCACCCCCAACAUGCGAGCCUGAACUAAUUAAAAUUGGGGGUCAUCUGUGGAAGACAACCACAUUGUAUUUAUUGAAGUGAAGGAUGGGGGCUUCAUAUCACAGGAGAAAAUCACCGAUGCUGAUGGUUGAAGUUGGACAAAGGGGUCACUUGCUGGCUUGGCGGUCGGACCAGCAUCCCGGGGGGAACGUAACGAGAGCCCCUAUUUACCUUCUAGCAGGAUCACUUCCUUUUAUUGCUUCAGAAUUCCGUUUGCGAUUUUCUACUUUCUACUUUUGGAAGUGUGUGCAGUAUGGGGGAAUGUGUUCCUCUGAGCAUGGGACAUUGGGCUUUGGGUCGUACGCUUGUUGCUUUGGAGCUUUGAAGACAUUUUUAAGAUGAAAUGGAUACAAACCUGCCUGUUUAGUCAACAAGAGGUCUUUUUUUUAAAGGACUGGUUGCUAUCAAACGCUUUUGGGAUUUCCAUGAAAACUGAAGAAGUGUGUCCUGUUUCUUUUUUGUCUUUUUUGGGCCUGAAGUGUUGGAGGUUUAAUCAACAUGGAAUAUCCUAUGUAUUUAAUUUCACACUACCCCAUUAGCUUUAAGAAGCUAUACGUCAAGUAUCGAUUCGCUUAGCACAUUUCUACUGAACCAAAAGGACUAUUAUACAUUAACAUUGAUAAUCAUUUUUAUAUACAUGUUGAAACUGUUGCUGCAGUUCUGCUUUCCGUUUUCCACCGCAUUGUUAGAAUAGAGUAUCUACAGGUUAAGUUAGACUUAAAGGAGCAAAACGCAUGAAUUCGCUGCAACAUAUAAAUAAGCAAACGCAGUACAGUAGCACCUGGCCUAUGACAGCAAGGCCUUUGGAAGCAGCCGCUCAGUUCAGUCAAACCAAUUUCUCCGCAUGUGAGAGGAAUUUUGGAGGUUGGAGCCUACGGGAGGGAAAUGCCUUUCUGCAGCUGUGCCAUUCUCUAUUCACUCCUCGCAGGAAAUGAGAGAGUGAUCACAAAAAGAGAAACAGGAUGUUGAUUGGUUAUGGUCAUGGAUCCAAGCAGAAGGGACUACCUGCUGUUUAUGCGACAUACUUUAAACAAUGCACUUGACAGUUUUAAGGGUGAGGAGCUUCUACUAUUAGUUCAGUGUUUUUCAGGGGUACGUCGUAAUUUGUCAUUUGUCAGUGAAGUUUAGACAAUCAAAGCAUGCUUUCAGUUUUAUUUGAAUGAUUACAAUGUCUACCACGAAAUGUCAGUAUUAUUAUGAGACUGGCAUUGGCUACACAAGGCUGUAGCCAAGAACAAACAGACUUGGUCUCAAUGCAAAUGUUUCAGUUAAUGGACUCAUACAGUGAGUCUGCAUUAAACAUAGGAGUUAGAAUUCUUCAUCUGGUGAUAGACCUGACUACCAUUUUUGGGCAACAUUUCAGACCAAGGCUAGUAUUAGCAGACUAGCGAAGACACAUCCAAGAGGCUGUGAGUAGGUGUAAUAGUGCAUAAAGGAUGGCCUUUGUGCCUGCCGUGAGGAGGUGUUGUGGUUAUGGGCAUGUAGGAACCCGGCAGUUUCACUGGGGAACCACCUAGUCAGGGUAGAGAUGUGGCAGCUGUCAGAUGAUUGCAAAUAUAGGAAGAGUGAAAGACAGAAAGAGAAAGGAUAAAAGAGAAAGAGAAAGGAUGAAAGAAAGAGCAAGUGUGCAUGUGGAGUGGGGGGGGGGAUAACAAGCAUUAUUUACAGUACAGUAGCACUUGGAUAGAUAGUGGCAAAAGCUUAAAGGUUCCAGUGUGAAUGGCCUCUUGGUCUGGAGUGGAUAAAUGUACAAACUCUUUAUUGCAGUGUGAUUUUCAUGUCUCCUUUGGUGCAUCCAGAUCAGGGACAGUUCUGAAACCGUGUUGGAAGUGCAAUCUCCCUGUUUUCAGACUGAAGAAAUACGCAUGGUGGACAAUGACAUGAAUUUUUAUUUAGUUUUUUUAUUAUCACACUGUAUUCAGUCACUAGAGUUCUCCCCACACAUGCACAAACAUAGGAAUUCCACUACAUACCCUGAGACAUUCUCCUUUGUAAAAAAAAAGAAAUGCAAGAAUUCCUUUGUCAGUGAGCAUGUGCUAUUAAAUAAAAUGUCUUUUUUAUAUGCAUAUAUAGUAAAUAUAUAUAUCUACUCCAAAAAGUAUUUAAUGGACAGCUGUUAUGGUCCCUUUUAUAGCUAUUCGUUGUAACUUCCAAAUUAGAAUGGCACAUAUUGUAGUGCAUUUCCCUCUUGGGAGGUACUGGUUUUUAUCGUGGCCUUUGAAGUGAGCAAACAUAUUUAGUGUGAUGUUAACACAAAGUUAUUGCGGAUGUGUGAAUGAAAGGUUGUAAACUGAAUUCCUCACACUUCAGUCCAGGAAGAGAAACAUUGUGAGAGUAUUUAGGGAUAAUUCAGCAUUAUUUAAUAGUUGGUUUUGCUCAGAAGGAUAACAUUAUUUUUAAUGAAAGGUAUAUACUGUAUAUAUAUACAGUCUAUAUAAAAAGGUUGAUGACAAUUGCCCUCUUGUCUAUUUGAACUGGCAAAGCAGUUAGGUAAAGAAACAGAUAUGAUUCCUCUGUGUGGACAUAUGAUUUGUACUUGGGUUCUAUGAUGUGGAGAAUGAAUGGUUAACAGUUGCUUUUUUACAAGGAGAUUAUUCUUUUUUAUUUGUGCAGUGAGGACAGUGUACUUGUGGAUGGAAAAUAGUGUUUUUUUGUGAAUGACAGGCAUUUCAGUAUUUGUGUAUGCUUUUAAAACAAACAAACAAACAAACAAACAAACAGUAAUUCUAUCUCCUGCUAACUGUGUGUCUCACAAGAAGACCAGUUAUUAGAAAACAUCAUGCUUUCAUAUUUCCAAAUCAGAAUGCUAAUUUCUUAUUGUUCAUGACGAGCCUUGUGUGUGCUUUACAGAAAUGCAGAGGCAUCGUGCUUAUACUUGUGGCUCCCCUUGCGUGUCCAGUUCUCGUCAUGCUGUAUGUAUUUGACUGGCAUAGCAAGUGGUUUAAAGUAGUGGGGUAUUGCUUUAGUUAUUGUAGAAUACACAAAUAGCACAUUGUAUUUCAAGUAUUUUUGAUAAUUAUUGCUGAAUUGCUCCGUAUUAUAAUACCAUGGAAAUGGAGAAAGAGUGAUGAGGUUUGAUUUAAUUAUUGGCCAAUUAAGAUAAAUCAAGUUCACUGCACUGUGUGUGAUGAUGGGAUUGAACAUUUUUUUUGUUUGUUUCUAGAAAAAGAAUAAGGUUUCAUUGUGCACCCAGUCAACUUGAUUAUGGUGGAAUUAAAUGUUAAUAUGGGUAUAGUAUUACACCAUCAAAUCAAUGGUGCAUUACUGUAAUAUUCUAGACAUCACUGUACAUUUCUGCAGAUCUCAAAUAUGUAAAUGAUAAGGCAGGAUGUACAGUCUAAAGAGACAGACUCAUGGGUGUAUUUAAUCAAUUAGCAUCACACUAGACAAACAGGUGACUGUUGGGCCCCAUGUUGUAAUGAUGGACCUUCAGUGCAAUUUAAUUAAGUACAGUACACAAGUAGACAGGUCAACAGAAAUUGACCCCAGCCAAAAAAAAAAAGAAGCCUUAAGGUUAAGUUGAAAUGCAUCUUAUAACAUGUUCUGCAAUAGUGUGCUGGUGUCCAGACAACGUGAAGCCCAGGAUUGGGGUAAGGAGCUGGAAUCUCAGCACAUGGAUACGUACAGUACAUACGGCAGUAGCCUAUUAGUCCUGGUUAUCGUUCACCUACAGGGAGUGAACAGCAGACUUUAUUCCUCAGAAAAAAGUAGUCCGCAGUCUGCUUUGUAAAUGUAGGACCCUUCACAAAAAAACACACAACACAUGCUUAAAAAAAGGAUGCAAUGCUGCGAUGCUUUUUGUUGUUUAUAGUAAUACCGAAUAUUGCAAAUCCCAGCAUAAUAGCAGGCUUCCUCUGUAAGGGCCCCCUCGCCGUGUGCUGUGUGUUAGGUGGGUCUUUUCACAGGAGAAGAUACCAAAGGAGUACUGAAAAAAGAUACAGUACGGUGGCUGUGAGAGGAUUUUGUUCCCCUGUGUUAAUAUGUUAACCACUUGUAUGUUCAUAUUCUGCUUAUAUUGUUUUAUAAUAAUUACUGUAAGACUCACAGUUAUACACGUACAGUAUAUAAUUAUUUUCUCAUUAAAAACAAAAUGGAUAA